AUGGAUUACAUAGCGAUUAUGCUCGAGGCGGAAGGCGAUGUCAUCGAGGCCGCGGCCGCUCCCCCGCGGCUGCCGCAGCCGCACCGGCUGCCUAGCCCGGCUGGCGGCCGCAGGCCGUCCAAUGCGACGACGGCCGCCCUCCUCGCCCAGCGCAUUGCUUAG